AUGCAUCUACCUUCCUCUCUCGCGCUGUUGCUCGCGACAUCAAGAGACUUGCAAAUUUACACCCAUCAUGCGAGCGCAGUACCCCUCGUGUAUCAGAAGUCGAUAGAACUCAGCUUCUCACCAACUACAUUCACCUUGAUAUCUACCAAAGACGAAGCUGUACUUGUCGAUGCACCGAUCUCUCCUGAACGCGGCAAGGAACUGGCAGACUGGAUUAAGGUGACCAUUUCAGGUCGGAAGCUCACGGGGAUAUAUGUGACCCAUGGCCAUGGUGACCACUUCUUCGCCAUCCCCAAGAUCCAAAAACGGUUCCCCGGUGCAAGAGUCCUGGCAACGCAAGAGGUUUACGACCACAUGCUCCAACAGGUUGAACCUGGAUUUUUCGCCUCAUUCUGGGCUGCCCUCUUUCCCGAUCUUGAGGCGCCGGGCCUUUCCGAUAUCAACCUCGAUAUACUCGAUCCUUCCACCAGUCUAUCCUUCUACUUGAGCAGCGGAAACGGACAUUAUAAGGAACAGUACGAGCUUCGAGCGGUACCAGUCGGCGAGGGAGACACAGUCAACUCUACUGUGCUUGAUGUGCCUGAGGUCAAGACCGUCAUUACCGGAGACGUUGUUUAUGGCAAUUGCUACCAGUAUCUAGCUGAGAAUCCGACGGCGGAACUCCGUUUCCAGUGGCUCAAGAGCAUUGACAAGUUGGCUUUACUGCAACCUCAAUAUGUGAUUCCAUCGCAUGCGCUUCCCACGGACAACUAUGAGAAGAAUCACUUGACCGAGACCAAGAUGUAUAUUGAGACUUUCGAGCAGUUUCUCGCAGAGUCUUCAUCAUGGCAGGAGUUGGAAACCUCACUCAAGGGUCGCUUUCCUCAACGAGAAGGCACUUUCAUACUGGGAUAUUCGACACAGACGUUUUUCAAUGCGUCGUUCUAG